AAGCCACAAAGACCAUGACAACAAAUCACAACAUGGCAACAUAUAGCAAUCUGAAGAAUGCUACUAUAGCAUUCUUGGUCCCUCUGCCCUCCAUCCUAGUUUAUCUCUCCUUCCAUUCUGCCAUCAGUGGCUUUCCACACUCUCCAUCUUCUCUGUCAACUCUUUGGACAUGGUGUUAUCACCAUCCUUUACUAUUUGCCAAUGUCCUUUUCUUCUUCAAUGUCAAUCUGCUCUUCUGGCUCAUCGGCCUAAUCCAAUCCAGCCACUGGAUGAUCGACCCGUACUGGACGGUGAUACCUGUGAUGCUAGUUCAUUACUAUUCGACUCAUCCUUUGGCUCAGUAUAACUGGUUGAGGUCGAGGACGGUGAUUCUGUUGACUUGGGUGUGGAGUAUCAGGCUGAUCCACAACUACUUCAGGCGAGAAAAAUGGCAGUGGGGUGCCAGGGAGGAUUGGCGUUUCACUGAUUUGAGCCAUCAGUAUGGAAAGCAUUGGUGGUGGGCUUCCUUCUUCGCCAUCUACGUGCCUCAGCAGGUGUUUCUGAUUGGACUAUCAUUUCCAUUCUAUGUCAUCCACUCGGUCAACGAGCCUCUUAGCAUGUGGGACUUUGUAGCCAUAGUUUUGUGUGUAUCUGGUGUUGUCAUAGCAUACAUUGCCGAUACUCAGCUUUACAACUUUGUGAGUGGAAACAAGGAGCUAAAAGAAGCAGGUAAGACAGAGGUUUCGAUUCUCGAGAAAGGGUUGUGGUAUUACUGUCGGCAUCCAAACUACUUUGGAGAGCAGUUGUGGUGGUGGGGAGUGUUUGUGUUUGCAUGGAAGCUGGGACAUGGAUGGACCUUCAUAGGAGCUUUGGCCAAUAGCAUGUGUCUGGGUUAUGUGACAAAGCUUGUGGAGGAGCGAAUGUUGAAACAAGAGAGCAGAGAAGAGGCCUAUAGGCUUUAUCAGAAGACAACUUCCACAUGGGUGCCUUGGUUCAAGUUCUCUCCUUUGGAACUAAAAUCUAAGGAUCUUUGAUUGUGUUUCAUUUUCAUCAUCACAUCAGUUCUAGUUCUAGCUGUAGUACUGAUUCUACCACCAACUUCAUCAUCUUAAUUUUCCCUACUUUCUUCAUUAUGUAACGGAGCCAAGCCAUGAGUUGGAUCAUGUCAUGUGUGUGUGUGUGAUCUGCACUUCCAUCAUUUUUUGUACCAUAUUUAUCACCGUUACUAGCUCAGAAGAAUCUCU